AUGGAUCAGCAGCAACAGCAGCAGGGCCAGUCCGGCCCACAGGGGCAAGGCGGCCGUCGUCUACACAUCGCCCAUCGCCGCAGCCCAUCUGAGAUGACCCCAUUGAUGAUGGAGCAGCUGGCUCUUGCGCAGCAAAUAGAGAUGCUCCAGCAGCAACAACAGCAGAUCGCUGCCACGCAUCAGCAAUAUGUCAAUAUGGGCAUGAUUCCCCAGCAGCAACAACUUCCCAAUCAGUUCCAGCAAAUGCAAGGUCAAAUGCAGAACCUCAACGUGUCUCCCAACCCUGGCGCCUUCCAAUUCCCACAGCAACAGCAACAGAUGGGUCAACAACACCUUGGCAUCCCCAUGGGCGGCAUGGGACAGGCCUCUGCACACCGACGCAACCAAUCUGCCAUGCCCAACAUGGGAAUGGGAAGCAUGGGUCCUCCACCCGCUCCUUCCUCCGGCGCUUCCGGCUCUGGCUUUGCUGAUUUCGGUAACUUUGGUGCAGGACAACCCAGAACGGAGAAUAAUGCUCCAAGUCGUGGAAGAGGUGGAGGUUCUACAGGAGGUGGACACGCUCGCCGACAUUCGUUGGCUUUGCCAGAGGCUAAGAAGGCCGCCGAGCUCGCGGAGGCGAAACGAAAAGCUAGCGGCUUCCAGUUCCCCAUUCCAGGAGCCGGCGGUGCUUCGCCAUCGACAUCCAAUCGCUCGGCGAGUCCAGGCCAGGGCGAUCCAUCUCAGAAUACCCCAGCCAGUGCAACCCGUGGAGGGUUGGCAGGACGAGGACAUGGACGCAGCCAGAGCAUGGCCGUCGGCAAUGGACGCGGUAUGGCCCAGAGCAACCGUGGUGGACCAUCUGGCUUCCAGUUUCCUCCACCGCAGGCGACCAACGAUGGCGGGGCCAACCAGUCUGACUUGAAUCGACGUGGCAGUCAGGGCCAUGGCCGCACGGGAUCCCGCAACUUUGAGGGCAACUGGCGAAACCCGAACAACAACCCAUCCGUCAGCGAGCCUCAGAACAACAACAUGGGCAAUUUCCAGAUGAACCAGCAUGCCAGCGCUCAGCCAUUCCAACCAGGCCACCGCGCUCGAGGUUCUGUCAACAACCAGUCCAUCAGCUCACUGCAAAACUUCCAGUAUCAGCCACAACCACAGCUUAUGCAGCUGCCCCAGGGUCAGGUUCUUGUCCAGCAGCCUGGCAUGUUCGGCGGACAGCAGCUCAAUGCACUUCAGCUUGCACAACUUCAAGCGUACCAACAGGCAGGCAUCCCAGCUCCAAGCCUUGCUCAGCUCACUGGUCAGCACAAUGCUCCCGCAAUGAACAUGGCGAAUGCACCACAGCAGCGCAAGACGCUCUUCACCCCAUACCUGCCACAGGCUACGCUCCCAGCUCUGCUUGCCGACGGCCAGCUUGUUGCUGGAAUUCUUCGCGUGAACAAGAAGAAUCGCAGCGACGCCUACGUAACUACGACUGACCUCGAUGCUGACAUCUUCAUUUGCGGCAGCAAGGACCGUAACCGUGCCUUGGAAGGCGACUUGGUUGCUGUCGAACUACUCGACGUUGACGAAGUCUGGGGCCAGAAGCGUGAAAAAGAAGAGAAGAAGAAGCGCAAGGACGUUACCGAUCAGCGUAGUGGCAGCGUCACCGCCGUCAACGAUGCCACAACCCAACCAGAAUCCUCUGCUACCGACGGCGGCAUUCGUCGUCGCGGAAGCUUGAAACAGCGUCCAACGCAGAAGAAGAACGACGAUGUUGAGGUUGAAGGACAAUCACUACUCCUCAUGGAAGAGGACGAGAUCAACGACGAGCAGAAGCCGCUCUAUGCUGGACACAUCGUUGCUGUCAUUGAGCGUGUUGCCGGCCAGAUGUUUUCGGGUACCCUUGGUCUACUUCGACCAAGCAGUCAGGCCACGAAGGAGAAGCAGGAGGCAGAGCGCCAGGCACGUGAAGGCGGCCAUUCUAACAACCGCCCAGAACGCCAGCAAGAACGCCCCAAGAUCGUCUGGUUCAAGCCUACCGACAAACGUGUACCGCUCAUCGCCAUCCCUACUGAGCAAGCCCCGAAGGACUUUGUGGAUCGCCACCAGGAUUACGCCAACAAAAUCUUUGUUGCAUGUAUCAAGCGUUGGCCCAUCACCAGCUUGCAUCCGUUCGGUACCCUGGUCGAGCAACUUGGAGAUGCUGGCGACCUUAGAGUGGAAACCGAUGCACUUCUCCGUGACAACAACUUUGGCCCAGAUGACUUCUCUGAUGCUGUCACUAGGAGUGUUGGCCACGAGGACUGGUCGGUUGCCAACGACGGCGAGGCUGGGCUUGAAGGUCGUCGUGACUUCCGCGACGAGCAGACGUUCACCAUCGAUCCAAACGGCAGCAAGGAGCUUGACGAUGCCAUUCAUUUCAAGCAGCUCGAUGAUGGCAACAUUGAGAUCGGUGUCCACGUUGCCGAUGUUGCCCACUUUGUGAAGGCCAACUCCCUCGUCGACCGCGAAGCCAAGAAGCGUGGAACUGGGGUAUACUUGAUGAAUAGGACCGUCAACAUGCUCCCGUCCAAGCUUUCCCAGGACGUUUGCUGCUUGAUGCCAGGAGAGGAGCGCUACACCGUCUCUGUCGUGUUCAAGGUUGACGCCGCUACUGGCCGCGUCAUCGACGAGGACACCUGGGUUGGCAAGGCCGUAAUCAAGAGUUCUGGCAAGCUCGCAUACGAAGAGGUCGAUGCCGUUAUCAACGGUAACAACACUUCUUCGCUUGGCGAGGAGCGCAGCAACCAAAUCCUCAUGCUGCACUCAAUUGCUCAGAGGUUCAGACAGGCCCGCUAUGCCAGCGACGAGACGGACAUUCCACCACUUCGUCUGCUCUACCAACUCGAUGAUGAGAAUGUGCCAGUGGAGCACAACAUCUUCGAUUCCAGCCCUGCCCACGAGAUGAUCGAGGAGUUGAGCCACAAGACCAACGCACUUGUCGCGCAGAAGGUUCAUGCUGUACUUGGUGAACGCGCCUUGCUCCGCCGACAGACCCCUCCAAACCCUCGCCGACUGCAGACUUUCGCUGAGAGGAUGAACAACAUUGGGUACGAGAUCGAUAUCUCGAGCUCAGCUGCCCUGCAGAACAGCCUCUUCCGCAUUGAGGAUGCAGAGAUUCGCAAGGGCAUGGAGACGCUCAUUGUCAAGGCAAUGGGUCGCGCCAAGUACAUUGUGCCAGGACGAGCACCUGACCCAAGCUUGGGUCACUACGCGCUCAACCUGCCAAUGUACACGCACUUCACGAAUCCCUCGCGUCGCUACGCAGACAUUGUCGUCCACAGACAGCUGGAGUCUGUCCUCUCCGAAGGCGCCAUCGAGUUCUCCGAGGAUGUUGAGUCUUUGAACAAGACCGCUGAGUCUUGCAACACCAAGAAGGACUCUGCACACGCCGCACAAGAGCAGAGCGUACACAUCGAAUCCUGCCGCAUGAUGAACAAGCUCAGCGAAGAGCAAGGUGGCGACCUCAUCUCUGUCGGUAUUGUGGUCUGCGUCUACGAAUCAGCCUUUGACGUCUUGAUCCCCGAAUACGGUUUCGAGAAGCGUGUCCACUGCGACCAGUUGCCACUCAAGAAAGCCGAGUUCGACAAGAACACCAGACUGUUGGAGCUCUACUGGGAGAAGGGUGUCCCCUCCUCUGCAUUCGUGCCCGAGGAUGAGCGUCCACAAGCCAAGGGCCACCGCCCUACGAACAGCACCGUUGCCCGUGAAGUUGCCGCUAAGCAAAAGGAAGCUCAGGAAGUCGAGCGCAAGGCAAUGAACACCGGCUCCAUUGACGCCAACGAUGUUGAUGCUCUCUUCGACGAUGACGACGACAAUGCUUCCGAGGUCACCGACAACACUGCUGGUGUGGCACUCAACGGCGAUCGCGCCACCCAGAGCGGACCCCCAUCGCCAACUCGCAACGGCCUUGCCCCACAACGAUCCAAGUCCGACUCGCGCAUUCUCAACAACAGCUCGGCCCCAGAGUCCAAGCUGACCAACAAGGACAAGUACCUUGGACUUUUCAAGCUCAGGGAGGAGAACGGCACCUACAUCCAGGACGUCAAGGAGAUGACCAGGGUGCCAGUGUUGCUGAAGACCGACCUGACCAAGAGCCCACCGUGCUUGACCAUCCGAUCUUUGAACCCUUACGCUUUGUGA